GGAUCACAGCCCUCCCUUCUCCUCCCCAGGAGAGGCCCCUGCCUGGCCCGAGGGGCAGAAGAGCUGAGAGGAAGCCAUGGCCCCCCAGGAAUCAGUGACAUUCGAGGAUGUGGCUGUAGACUUCACCUGGGAGGAAUGGGGCUACCUGGACACUUCCCAGAAGGAGCUUUACCGGGAGGUGAUGCUGGAGAACUACAGGAAUCUGGUUGGCCUGGGCUUUGUGGUUGCCAGGCCAGAUGUGAUCUCUCAGUUGGUGCAAGGGGAAGCACCUUGGAUACCUGAGGGUCAUUUUCCAAGAAGCAGCCGUCCAGAUUCAGACACUAGGCUUCAAAUCAAAGAGUCAGCUCCAGAGCUUGGCCUUACUGUGGAAGAAUCAUCCAAAAAAAGACUCUUAAGGGAUGCUUCUUGGAUCUUGAUUUUGGGGGGAGGCUGGGAUUGUUAUACAAGGUUAAAUGAGGAGCAGAGCAAGGAGGAUAGACAUUUAAGACAAAUAAAAACCACUAAAAGGAAAUCCUCCAAUGAAGUGAGUGUCCAUGAAUAUAAAAAUGGCAAGAUCUCUAUUCUACAGCCACAGAAGCAAUUUUUUAUAGGAAAGAAUCUUCUUCAUAAGUAUAAUAGACAGAGAAAGAACUUCAGAAAAUAUUCAGAUCAUAAAGUACAUACUGGAAAGAAGUUUUCUAAUUGUAAUGAAUGUGGAAAGACUUUCCAUGAGGACACCGAAUUUACUCUGCACCAGAGAGUUCACAGAGGAGAAAAGAUUUAUGAAUGCACGGAAUGCAGAAAAGCCUUCCAAAAGAAUUCAUAUCUUAGGAAACAUCAGAAAAUCCAUAGUGGAGAGAAACCUUAUAAAUGCAAUGUAUGUGGGAAGGCCUUUCACUGGAGGUCACAGCUUACUGAACAUCAAAGAAUUCAUACUGGUGUGAAACCUUUUGUAUGUAAUGAAUGUGGGAAGGCUUUCCUCCGGGCCACUGGCCUUACUCGACACCAGAGAAAGCAUGUUGGGAGAAAACCUUUUGAAUGCAGUGAUUGUGGAAAGGCCUUCCAGCAGAAUUCAUACCUUCGAAGACAUCAGAGAAUUCAUUCAGGAGAGAAACCUUAUGAAUGUAAUGAAUGUGGGAAGGCCUUUCUCCGGUCCACUGGACUUACUCGACACCAGAGAACACAUACUGGAGGAAAACCUUAUAAAUGCAAUGAAUGUGGGAAAGCUUUCCGCCAUAAUUCAUACCUUAUAGUUCAUCAGAGAAUUCAUACUGGAGAGAAACCUUAUGAAUGUGCUGAAUGUGGGAAGGCCUUUGUCCGGAGCACUAAUCUUAGUCAGCACCAGAGGACACAUACUGGAGAAAAACCUUACAAGUGCAAUGAAUGUGGUAAGGCCUUCCGCUGUAAAUCACACCUUAUUGACCAUCAGAGAAUCCAUACUAGAGAGAAACCUUAUGUGUGCAACGAAUGUGGCAGGGCCUUUGUCUGCAGUUCUAAUCUUAGUCACCACCAGAGAAUUCAUACUGGAGAGAAACCGUAUGAAUGUAAUGAAUGUGGGAAGGCCUUCUGUAAGAGAGCAGAUCUUACUCAGCACCAGAGAACACAUACUGGAGAGAAACCUUAUGAAUGCAAGGAAUGCAGGAAGACUUUCAGCCAGAAUUCAUACCUUAGAAGACAUCAGAGAAUUCAUACUGGAGAGAAACUUUAUGCAUGUAAUGAAUGUGGAAAGACUUUCCUAUGGUCUCCUGAACUUAUUCAACACCAGAGAAUACAUACUGGAGAGAAACUUUAUGAAUUCAGUUAAGAUGGAAAGACCUUCAUUCAAAAGACAAUACUUGUUCCACAUCAUAGAAUUCAUACUUGAUAGAAACUUUAUGUAUGUAAUGGAUAUGAGAAGAUAUUUGUCCAGAUCACUAAUCUUAGCACCAUAGAAUUCAUACUUGAGAAAAAUGUAUGUUGAAAGCCUUCUGUCAGAGGGCAGCUUUUUCUCAUUACUAUGGAAUUCAUACUGGAGAGACCUUGUGAGUGUUUUUAAUGUAGGAAUGCCUUUGGUCAGAAAACAGAUCCAACUAUAUACGUCAUAGGAUUCAUACUGAAAAAGAACCUUAUAAAUGCAAUGAAUGUGAGAAGGCCUUUUGCUAUAACUCACCUUAUUCAACAUCAAAAUAUUCAUACAGAACAGAAAACUAUGCAUAUAGAAAGAUUGUUUUCUUGAGAAAAUCUAUUAACUGACACCAGCAAAUUCAUGCAAAGGAGAAAACUGGUUAAUAAAAGGUUGUUAAAAGGUAUUUUUCUCAGAGCACAGAGGUUUUUCAACUUUAGAAGAUUCAGGGGGUAGAGCCAAGGUAAUGGAGUAACAGGAA